AACACAUCCAAAAAAACCCCACAACACAAAUCAUAAUAUCCCAUCUAAAAAACAAAAAUGGCCAAUAUUUCAAAGUCUCCAAAUCUUUUGUUAAUAUUUGCACCAUUAAUAUUUCUUCUACUUUGGCAUUCAUGGCCGGCAUAUGCUCUAAGUAAUAAUCCAAGUCCUCAUGACUUCAUUCCCUGCCUUCUAGAAAACUCACACCCCUCUCACCCAAUUUCACCGGCUAUCUUCACCCCGAAAAACUCUACUUUCUCCUCCGUUUUACAAUCCUACAUCCGAAACCUAAGAUUCAACACUUCCUCAACCCGAAAACCCUUUCUCAUCAUAACAGCCCUGCAUGAGUCCCAUAUCCAAGCCGCCAUUGUUUGUGCUCGCAAACUCCAUUUGCAAAUGAAGAUCAGAAGCGGAGGCCACGAUUACGAAGGCGUUUCAUACGUAGCCGAAGUCCCUUUCUUCAUCCUGGACAUGUUUAAUCUCCGAAAAAUCGAUAUAGAUAUCGAAAAAGAGACUGCAUGGGUUCAAACAGGUGCAACUCUUGGUGAAGUUUACUAUAACAUAGCACAAAGGAGCAAAAUCCAUGGCUACCCCGCAGGUGUGUGCCCUACGGUCGGUGUUGGUGGCCAUAUAAGCGGCGGUGGUUAUGGAAGUAUGAUGAGAAAAUUUGGUCUAACAGUUGAUAAUUUAGACGAUGCCCUAAUGAUUGAUGUUAAUGGUAGGCUUCUUGAUAGAAAAGCUAUGGGGGAAGAUUUGUUUUGGGCUAUAAGUGGUGGUGGAGGAGCUAGUUACGGUGUCGUUUUGGCUUACAAGAUUAAACUCGUUCGUGUGCCAGAAAAAGCAACAUUUUUCAGUGUCCAGAGAACUAUGGAACAAAAUGCUUUGUUAAUUGCUUCAAAGUGGCAACACGUGGCUAAUAAACUAGACGACGACGUUUUCUUAAGGCUUGUAAUGGACGUGAAAAAUGAUACUAAAACAGGAAACAAAACGGGUAGAGCUACUUUCAAUGGAUUUUAUCUUGGUGAUUCUGAAAACGUUGUUUCCAUAUUGGGAAAGAGCUUUCCUGAAUUGGGUUUAAAGAAAUCUGACUGUAAUGAAACGAGUUGGAUUAAAGCCACUGUACUUUUCUGGACGACCAAUAUCCCCAAUGGCUCAUACGACAGCGUUUUGCUCACUCGAACCCCAACGGUCAACUACUUAAAACGGAAAUCUGAUUACGUGAAAAAACCCAUUACGAAGAAGGGUUUGGAAUCGAUUUGGGGUAGAAUGAUGGAGCUUGAUGGUCCCUUGAGGCUGACUUUCAAUCCUUAUGGUGGUAGAAUGGCUCAGAUUCCUGAGAAUGCGAGUCCAUUCCCUCAUAGAGCUGGAAACUUGGCUUUGAUUCAGUACGCAAUCGAUUGGAACGAAAGCCAGAAAGGUUUGACCAAUAAAUACAUUGGUUUGACCAGGAAACUCUAUCAAUAUAUGACUCCUUUUGUGUCCAAAAAUCCCAGAGAAGCUUUUUAUAAUUAUAAGGAUCUUGAUUUGGGAAUCAAUCAUAAUGGGAAAGGCAGCUAUUUGGAAGGAAGAGCUUAUGGAGUUAAGUAUUUCAAAGGUAAUUUCAAUAGGUUGGUGGAGAUUAAAACGAGGGUUGACCCAGCAAAUUUCUUUAGGAAUGAGCAGAGCAUUCCUGUUUAUCCACAUCAUCUAUGAUUUAGAUAUGCUUUUAUAAAUUAAUUAAUUAUAAUUCUUUUGAUUUUCAGUGUUGAAUAAUGUUUAAUUAGGGUUAAUUAACAAUACUGUACUGUAUAGUACUGUUUAAUUAGCUAGCAACUAUUCAAAUUGGAUUGUGUGUAUUUCUUUCUUUGUUAUUGGAUCGAUCCGAUCAUAUAAUAUUAUAGUAAAUUAUAAAUUAAUGUAUAAUUGUAUAUGAUUCCGAUUGGAGAUAAAUUAGUCUAUUAUUAUCUA